AUCAUUCCUGUCGCGGCUGCGCCAGCUCGUGAGCGCGCAAACGUGAGUCUGCUCUCGGCUUUCCUCUUUGGAGUUCCCUUGCCGGAUGAUUGCGCGCCAACACCUGACUUCUUUCGCGUUUCAUUCGCAUCGAUUUUUCACCGUUUGAAAAUCGUCGUCGUGUCGGCGAAAUCGUGUACUGGCGCCAUCAGUGCGGUUUCCAAAGAAUUCGUACUCGUACAUGCAACACGGCUCGUCGAUCACGUCGACUAGUGGUCGAUGGUGAACGCGGGAAACGCGGGAGUUAGUUCUCGAUAACGUUCGAUCUUGUUUUCUUGUACUUGUUUUCUUUUUCUUUUUUUUUUUCUAACGGAGAUAGAGAAAGUAUUGAUCGCGAUCGGGCGAGUUCUUUCUUCCCGCGGGCGACUCGUGUUUCUUGGGAAAUGUGUGCCACGUGUAGUGAGCCCGCGAAUCCACCUGCUGUACCUACCUAUCGAAUGGGAUUGGAUGAAGUCCAUGCACGACGGAUGGCCUGAGCCUCGGAGCAAAUCUUCAUGGAUCGUUCACGAAAAUCGAGAAAUGACCGGUCGCCGUGGUGUCCCGCGGAAGUGCCGCGGCGCCGACGAUGCGCGCCGCGACCCGCCAACAUCGCCAACAUCAGGAGUUUCGGAUCGUUUCUAGCUUUGACAAUGUUGACUGCGGCCAGUGUCUCUUCUACCCACGUGCCUGACAAGUAUCCCAUCGAGGUCUAUCACAUGCUGCGGGAGAAGACUCAAUUCGCUCUUGGUCGAGAUAAUCGCAUAAGAGGAACCUGGGGCCCGUGGAGCGCUUGGAGCGAGUGCUCGCGGACUUGUGGCACCGGUAUUCAAUCUCAGUCCCGCGAAUGUGUACCGUAUCAGCGACUGUUAAGGAAACGGAGCAUUAUCUCGGAGAACGGCACACGCAGCAACUCGCGUCCCAUUUGCAUUGGUACAUAUAAGCGAUACCACACGUGCAACACGCAGAAAUGUCCAAACUUCCCGGAGGAUUUGCGGGCCGAACAAUGUGCCAAGUACAACGGAAGAAACUACAAGGGCGAGAGCUACGAUUGGGUACCAUUCCUGGACGCGCCGAAUUCCUGCGCGCUCAAUUGCCGCGCCGUUGGCGAGCGUUUUUAUGCAACGCUUGAACCGGCAGUAAUGGACGGCACACCCUGCGACGCUCCGAAUCUUCGUGGACAUAAUGCCGGAAUUUCUAUGGAACGUACAGACCGAUGGCUCUGUGUCGCCGGACAAUGCAAGCCGGUGGGUUGCGACGGUGUGGUAGGUUCCGGCGUCACGAUGGACGCUUGUGGUGUCUGCGGUGGUCAGGGUAAAGGUUGUAGACUGUACGAGGGCAUUUUUAUGGAACCAAUCCUGCCGCGGGGUCAUCAACCCGUAACCACUGUACCGAAAGGAGCCAUGUCUCUCAACAUCUCGGAACUACGUUUCAGUAGCAAUUUCCUAGCGUUGAGAGACAGCAACGGUAGUUACAUCCUGAACGGACCCUUGGCUUACAGUCCAAGCGGCACUUAUAAAGCGGCUGGCACGACAUUAACAUACCAGAGGGGUGACAGAAACCGCAUGGAGUGUAUCUUGGCGACCGGGCCACUGAACGAUUCUUUGCAUUUAGAGAUUCUGGCGCAGGAAAUGAACCCUGGUGUGCUUUACAAGUAUAUGAUGCCGUUUGGUGAGAAGCCAGCGAUAGCCCCGCCACUUUUUGCGACAGGAUCCAUCGAUCGUGGCAACGAGAUCCCCGAGUCGGAUGGUCGCGUCGGUCUGACGAUUCCAGUAACCAGAAUAUCCAAUCAGAAAGCAGACUUAUCACCGACAAUUCGCAAUCAAGAUCGAGCACGGGCUCGUGAGAGGGGACGGAAGGAAGAGAUGAAGCAUUCACCGACCACUGUGAUGGCCGGUGACCAGCCAAAGUGGAAGAACAAAAAAAAGAAACGUCUGCGAUUCUCCUGGAAGGUUGAACUGACUCCUUGCUCCAAGGAGUGCGGAGGAGGCGUUCAGACGGCGAUCUUCAAGUGCGUCCGCGAGAACAAGCAGGUGAUCGUGAACGACAAGCGUUGUCGCAACGUGGGAAAACCGCAACAGCCAGCCCCGUUGCGUUGCAACGACAACCCUUGUCCACCUAGGUGGAGGGCCGAGCCGUGGGGCGAAUGCUCGGUCACCUGCGGCACUGGGAAAAGGACCCGAAAAUUGGAGUGCGUGCAGGAACUGAACGCGAACUUGACAAUGCGACUAGCAGCCGGUGCGUGCGUACAACCACCUGACCUUAGAACCGUGGAAACAUGUACGAAACCGGCUUGCACGAACAGCCCGGAGUUGAGGCACAUGCACUCUCAACACGAUACACCCAGAUGGGACGUCGGCGCUUGGGGUCCAUGCUCGACAACGUGCGGGAUGGGAACUCGUAACCGGACGGUGACCUGCAUCACGCCGGGAGACGCUUGUUCCGCGUUCAACAAACCCGAGUCUCAGAAAACCUGCGAAUCUGCGCCUUGUAUACACAUCGGUAUGGAGCAUCGAGCACCUUGGCUCUACUCGGAAUGGUCGUCCAAGUGCUCGGCAGAGUGUGGUAGCGGAGUAGAGACAAGGCGAGUGGCCUGCGCCGAUGGCAGCGAGCUAUUCUGCAAUCCCAAAGAGAAGCCGGAAACGGAGAGGCAGUGUUUCGGAAGAGGAUCGAACUGCGACAGCGCGAAGUGGUUUACCGGUCCAUGGACAUUCUGUUCGGUGUCUUGCGGAAUGGGUGUCCAGUAUCGAGAAGUCCUUUGCGUCGCAAGGACGAACAACGAAUUCGUCGUGUUGCCGGCGAGCAAUUGCAGCGGCUCGAGGCCAGUAAACGAGCAAGUAUGCAGAGCGAGCGCGUGCACACCGACAUGGUUCACCUCGAACUGGUCGAAGUGUUCGGUGACGUGCGGAACCGGCGUGCAAACCAGGCUGGUUCGGUGUAUCCACGAGGGUGUCGGCAACUCGAAUUGUGAAGACGCUGCGAGACCUAGCGACCAACAGCAGUGCGAUCUGGACCCGUGUAAAAAGGAACCUUCGUCGUCGAGCAAACCACCGAAAAAAGCUUACGAGGCGUCGUCAGAGUGCGUCGACAAGUAUCCAAAUUGCGCACUGGUCGUGAAGAGCGGUUUGUGCCGGAUCAAGUACUACAAGUAUUCAUGCUGUCGAUGCCGCGAAUAGUCAGUUCGACAAUACGACAACGAGCCAUUAUUUCAGGCAGGUUCAAUCGUUCACGGUCGCGGCCGUUUUGUGUUUGAUCAAACUCGUUGUUUUCCUUCCUUGGUUAAAUGUAAACGGGGAGGAUGAACGGGGGAGCUCGGCGAGCAAUAAGACUGUGACAAAGAAAACGACCGUAUUACGUGUAAUUUUAUUUAACUGGAUGAUCAGCUAAUCCCGCGUAGCUUUAUAUCUUCUGUUGUUAUCUUACUCUAGCGCAGUAUGCUGCGGAAGAACGAUUACUUCAUUCCCCCCCCCCCCCCCCCCCCACGAGAACCGUUCUCGACCCGGAAACUGGGAUAGUAGGUGAAAAUUCGCUAGUAAAAUUCGCAGAGGAAUCAACUAGUCGUUCGAAGAAUAGACGAGCAGACGUUUGUAAAACGGAACGCGGAGAGCAUGAUGUGUCUGUGUACCAGAAACUCGUAUCGUACGGCAUGUAAUGCACGUGUGUUUUACGUGUGUAGAUAUCUGUCUGUGUGGCCGCGUGAACAGCUAGCUGCAGGGCCGUAGUUUUGUCAAUGCAUCGAUCUUGACCUUGUGCUCCAAUUCCGUCGCGUUCCAAGACCGAUGACACCGAUAGCUUGACUUCGAAACCUCGUGCACAUACACGUCGUACACGUCGGGAAUGAGAGCGAAGCAAAAACACGUGAGUAUCGAUAAAGGCUACAUAGGUGGGAGGUUAUCGAAUUUUUCCCAAAUGUUGCGAGAUAUCGUGAAUUAAGUAGGGGCCGAUAAAUACCCAUUCGAUCGUCGACAAGGAACACAGGGGAUUAUCAUUGUUACGUCCCUGGAUGAGUUGCGAUCCGAUUUGCAUGCGCGUUCGACGCGAAACCUGUACGCCCAUGUAACCAUUUAGGUAAACCUGCGGGCUUGUGCCCGGACAAGCGUGGACACGCGAAACGAAACGAGCUCCGAGUGUGUGUACAACUAACAUACGAGCUGUCUGCAGUGUCUCUCCGCGAAAAGAAGAAGCAAAACGCGUCGAUCGAUACGGCUGCGUGUGCUCUCGAUGCAUUUCGAUAGGUAAGCUGUAUUAGUUGCAAUACGUUAUUUAUGUGCCCGCAUAGGCCAGUCGGGUCCACGAUGGAUGCGAGCCACGGGUAAUUUCUGUCAUCGAGCAUUUAAUUAACAUAUCGCGUCGUACAGAUCCGGUAAUUUUGAUUUACGACUUCGACUUAUUGACAAAUUCAUCCACGACGCAAGGACAGCUCGACGAUCCUGUAUCGGAAGCACGUCGAUGUCCUUUCCCCGCUCGUUACAUUUCUGUCUCGAGGAACAAGUUCCAGAAACGCGUUCCAUGCCUAGGAAAGUAUUUCUAUACGUCGGAAUCGUGCUAACCACGAGGGAAAAAAAAAAAGAAAAAGAAAAAGGUAUCAAGACGUUCGUGUAUUCGUCGUUUCUAUGUGGUCGAUGUCAACUGAUUUGCCCGUUCUUAAUAUGCGAGCAUAGUUGUAGGAUAAUAACUAUAGCAAUGGUAUCGAAUCAAAUAUACGCUUGUCUCUGUGUAGAAAGUAUACUGUAUACGUAGAAUCGAAUUUAAUUUGUCGGUGUCUUUAACUCCGUAGAAGUCACGAGAGGUUUUCCGCGCGUUGUUAAUCGACAAACGAACCGGAGACCUUUACAAAAUAUAGACGUCGAGUUAAGUUUAAGUAGGCAACGUUCCGAAACGAUUAACGGAAACCUCGUGAAAAUUGCGUCGGCAAUCAAUUCUCAGUGUCAAUUAAAUCGUAUUCCGGUUUGCCUUCUCGAUAUCAAGGAAGUCUUGUGCGAGCAACGUUAAUUCCGAAUUUCGCUUUGUGUCCCUCGAGAAGCUGUUCUAAUUUCUGUUGCAAUUCAUUUCAAUAAACUUUCCGUUUUUCCUUG